AUGAAUGGCUCACCAGUGAUAGGUAUUAAAGCCAAACAAAGUCUUAGUGGAGUACAUCUAGCAGACAUAUGGGAUAAAGAAGAAAAAGAAUGGUCCCGUAAUUCUCACAGUAUAAAGGGUUUAUUCCCCAAUGGGAACCAAUAUGAUAUCAUACCAUUAGAAAAACCUAUCUUUGAACCAAACGAAACCAAUGAGUCGCCACGUUCAAUUAUAUUCCAGGAUCUUUAUUGGUCAGAUGAUGGUAUGCAAGUUACUGCAGUGACAGACGACCAUGCAAUAAGACAAUACUAUAUAACUUAUGAUGCGAAUGGUAAAAUAAAUUUACAAUUAACAAAACGUCUCUUCAAGAAUCGAUCAAUAGUAUCAUCCGCAAUGAUUCCACACGAUAAUUCUACCGGUGAGACCCUCAGUGAAAAAAUUCUUAUUGGAUCUCGAAGUUUACCAAUUCAAUUAUAUUCUUUAAAGUCAUCUGAUGAUCAGAACUCUAUAAUUGAUACACCCAUAUUUACAUAUUCUACAAUGAAUCCACAAAAUGAAGUAUAUGAGACACCAUAUAGUAUAAUGCCUAUCAAUUCAGAUACAUUUCUUGUUGGUUCAAUUAGAAAUUCAGUAUCAUUAUAUGAUAUGGUCCGUAAGGAACCUAUAUGGAAUAUACGAUCUGAUAAAAUGAAAUGUGGUAAAGCUGAAUUUAAAUCUAUUGUAUCAUGUUUUGAUGAAACAUGCAUGGAUGAUAAUUAUUUGAAAAUGAAAUAUUUUGGGACUUAUAAGAAUGAAAUAUAUAGAAUUGAUCUUAGAACAAAACGUCAAGGAAUGGAACGUAUUUAUAAUACUCGACAAGGAAAUGGUAUAUAUCAAUUACUUAAGAGUGAAAAUGGGUUAUAUUUAUAUGUGUUAAUGAGAAAGAGUAAUCAAAUUAAAGUAUAUGAUAUAAGAAGAAAUGAGACAUGUAUUACAAAUUUAAAAUUACCAUUUUUAAUUAAAAAUCAAAAAUUUAAAGCAAAUAUAUCCAGUUUCAAUGGACUAUCAAUAGGAACAAAUAACAACAAGAUUAUUAACUGGGACAGAAGUAUCGUGGAGUCUGGAGGCAUUACGAGACAUGAUUAUGAACAAGAUACAAAUAUAUUACCUACAAUAACAACAUCAAUAGAAGAACCUGCACAAGAGAAUGAAGAAAGACGAGAUAUUCAAGAAAGACGAAUAAAUAUUAUCAAACAGAAUCCUGUAUACUUAGACCAAACGAUUAUAUCAUAUUCUCCGGAUAAAACAGUGUCACAAAACAUGGCACGUGAUACUUCAGGGAUAUGUUUAAUUGAUACACCUUAA